UGGGACAUUGAUUUUUUUUCUUUCAUAUAAACGUACGAACGAAACAACAAAAAACAUUAUAAUAUUUUAUAAAUUUGUGCUCAUUUAUCACAGAAAACUCAAUGGAAACACUAUUGAACAGUGCGUAGAAAUACAAGUGAAACAUUUUAAAAAUUAAGCGCUAUCUUUAAUGAUUGCGAGCGCAUUCAACGAUUGACAACAAAAUCUAAACAUAUUUGCGGCAUAAGUGUGUACGUAGCAAUUUAUUUAUAAAGUGUUAAAUGUAAAAUGCGACCGAAUUCUACAUUUAUAACCCCGGUAUUAUCAUGGCAUGUGUGUGUGCUGCUGACCUGCUUUUGUCCCAGCUUGGUACUAGGAAACCUCAAGGUCAUUUAUGCUGUGAACGCUGGGGGUCAAGAACAUUCUGACAAACAUGGCAUACAUUAUAGUGCAGAUCCUUUGCAUGGACGUAUUGGAACAGCUUCAGAUUAUGGUAAUCACCUGCUAUUGAUAGGCCGUGUGCCGGAACAAGAUGAAGUGCUUUAUCGCACUGAACGUUAUCAUACAGCAACAUUCGGUUACACAUUGCCAAUAGACGGUGAUGGCGAGUAUGCGUUGAUAAUGAAAUUCUGUGAAGUCUACUUUAAUGAGCCAAAUAAAAAGGUCUUCGAUGUGGUUCUGAACAACAAACAUACUGUAGUAAAGGAAUUGGAUAUAUUUCAUCAAGUGGGUCGUGGUACUGCUCAUGAAGAGUAUGUUUAUUUCAUCAUCUCUAAUGAUCGACUAUACUACAAAGAUGAACAAUCGGACAUACGGAAUGGUGUAGUGCGCUUAGAUUUCAUUAAAGGCCACUAUGAUAAUCCAAAAAUCAAUGCCUUUGCGUUACUCAAAGGUGAUGUGGCAAAUAUUCCCCGAUUACCGCCCACAUCGGAUGAUAUUCUCCCGAUCGAUUCUGACAUGGCAGUUUUUAAUGAUCGCGUCUCUGCGGAGGGUGGCGGCAACAAAGAAAUUUCAUCGGACAAAUUACCGGAAAACCAGCAGCGCAGUAGAGAUACGGCGUCUUCAGUAGAUGAUGAUAUAUUUGAUGAAGAUGAAGAUAAUGAAGAAGAAACAUGGACAAAAAAACGUAAGGUUAGUGGUCCACGCCAACCGGACCCCUACUCCAUGGACGAUUCUUCAGUUAUGUUGCCAGUGUUCAUAGCGAUUGGAGCAUUUAUACCAUUGCUCUUUUGCCUCUGCAAAUUGUGAUUUGUUGUUACGCUUUGUACGUAAGUUAUUAAAGAACAAAUGGUACUAAGUGGAGCGGAUGUGUGAUGUAUGCAGCUUCUGUUCACUCUCGUAUAUAUUGAAGUUUCACAUUUGUUGGAACACCGGAUAUUGUUGCCAAGUCCAACAGCUACAUUUAAGUUCAAUAUUUAUUUGAAGUUGCACCUGAUCUCCUUGGUAUAUACAUAUGUAUAUGUUUUUUUGCAAUAUUUCUUCAGACACAUUUGCUUUAAUUUUCAGUAAAGAUGUUAUUAUUGAGUUUCACGUUUUUUUAUAUUUAUUUAAAAAGUUAAAAUAAUAUUUUUGGUUGUGAAGUAUAGAAAUGCGUACUUAUUACUGCUAUGCGUUUUCAAUAAAAGUGUUCAAUGCUCAAUGAAUUUUCUAAAAAAAACGCACAUUGUGUUUUAACAUUUUUUAAUGUAUUGUUGUGAAGAGUUUAAGUUAUACAACAUUUAUGAAUUAUAAUAGUAUUAUUAUAACUACAUAACUAUUAUUUAAUGUAUGUGCUAGUUAAAAAAUUUUGACAAAUAGAUUUGUGUUAAAUUGUUCAA